GGUAGGAGCAAGGAAAGCAAGAUUGUUCAUGUUCAAACAACAAAGCCAAACAGCACCAGACUUUCUGAUGCUGUUAAAGCUAAGAGCAAAGAGCUGCAGCCACAGAUUGGACCACUUCCUGUUUAUAAAGUUCCUCUGAAGGAGGAGAACAUCAGAAUAAAUGGAUGCAGGUUCUUCAGGUUUGGAGAACCUGCUGCUAAACAAAGUCGCACCAUCAUGGUUCUUGGAGCUACAGGUGCUGGGAAGUCAACUCUCAUCAACGGGAUGAUAAAUUACAUUCUAGGUGUUCAAUGGUCAGACUCGUAUCGGUUCAUCUUAGUGGACGAUGGUCAAACAAAAUCCCAAGCUCACAGUCAGACCUCUGAGGUCACUGUGUACAAACUCAACCACAGAGAGGGAUUUCAGGUUCCCUUCUCUCUGACCAUCAUAGACACUCCAGGCUUUGGAGACACCAGAGGAAUAGAGAGAGACAGGGAGAUCACAGAGCAGCUCUGUAACCUCUUCACUAGUAAAGACGGGGUCAGUGAGGUUGAUGCUGUGUGUUUUGUAGCUCAGGCUGCUUUAGCUCGUCUCACACCAAAACAGAAAUAUAUCUUUGAUUCCAUUCUCUCCAUCUUUGGCAAAGAUAUAGCAGAAAACAUCAGGAUCCUGGUGACAUUUGCAGAUAGUCAGAAGCCUCCAGUUCUAGAAGCAAUCAAAGCUUCAGGCGUACCAAGUCCGAAAGGGGAAGAUGGUCUUCCAGUUCACUUCAAAUUUAACAACUCUGCUCUGUUUGCUGACAAUAAAUCCUCUGCAGCAGAGACUCAGAGUGAUGAUGACGAUGGAAACUUUGAUCAGAUGUUUUGGAACAUGGGAACAAAAAGCAUGAAAAGGUUUUUUGCUGCUCUAAAUCAGAUAGAAACCAAAAGUUUGACUCUGACCAAUGAGGUCCUGAGAGAAAGACAACAGCUCGAGGUUUCAGUGGAAAAUCUGCAGCAUCAGGUUAAACUUGGUUUGGCCAAACUGGAGGAGAUCAGAGAGAUUAGAGAAAAAAUCAAAGAGCAUGAAGCUGAGAUCAGUAGAAAUGAGAAAUUUAAGUUUGAGGUCACUGUGAAAAAACCGAUACAAUUUGAUAUCUCAGGUUCUGGGAACUACAUUACCAACUGUCAGCAGUGCCACUUCACCUGUCAUUACCCUUGUCCAAUACCAAAUGAUGCUGAUAAAAGAAAAAGUUGGGCGAUGGACAGAAAUGGAUACUGCACUCAGUGUCCAGGGAAAUGUUACUGGAACGUUCAUUUCAACCAAAAGUACAGGUGGGAUUAUAAAGAUGUUAUAGAGAAACGGACAGUCGCAGACCUGAAAGCUAAUUAUGAAAAGGCCACAGGGCAGAAGAUGACUGUAGAGGGACUAAUGAGAAAACUACAGGCUGAAUAUGAUAUGCAGAAAGAGGUGAAUAAAUUAAUAGACAAAUCAGCAAAGUGUCUGAACAGACUGAAGGAGAUAGCACUGAAGCCCAAUCCUCUCACCACUUCAGAGUACAUUGAUCUGCUGAUUGAAGGAGAGAAACAGGAAGCAAAACCAGGCUGGAAACAACGGAUUCAGUCACUGAUGGAGAUGAAACAAAAAGCAGAAGUCAUGGCUAAAGUGGAGAAAGGAGAAAAACCUCUCCUCCAAUAAGAGUCACUUGAUCUGAGGUCUUAAAUCUGCAGAUUGUCCCAAAGUCAUUUAGAUUUUAGUUCUUACAACUCUCUUUGCUUUUAUUUAAAGCUCUUUGCUUUGUUUGAAACAGGAAAUAUAAAUCCUUCAUAAAUGAUUUUAUCAGAAUCAAUGUAUUUGGGGAAGCUAGUCUGACUCUUAUUACUCUGAUACAUCAGAAAAACAUUAAAAAUAUUUUUCUGUUUCCUGGUUUAUGUGUAAUAUAAGAAUCAUAAUUAAAUUCAUUUUUGCUCCUAA